CUCUUCAGUAGAAAUUUAAAAUCAAAUAAAGCAAAAUAAAGGUUAUUUGAAUACCCUUUGAAAUCCACAUAAUUACAUAUAUGUCCCUAGUCACUUUAUUCUAUUUCACUCUCUCCCUCACUUUCCCCUCUUUUAGGGUUCUACACUCCCACAAACGAUCGAUUCCUGAUUCUUCUCCAGUUCUCUUUCCCUUCUCCGUUUCCUUUGUUAGGGUUUUAGCUUAAGAGAUGGGUCAGAUCCAAUACUCCGAUAAAUACUUCGAUGAUACUUUUGAAUACAGACACGUCGUACUUCCUCCUGAAGUUGCUAACCUUCUACCUAAGAAUUGUGUUCUCUCCGAAGAGUGCAGCAAAGCCGUGGAUGGGUUCAUUACGCGGUUCAUAAUGCUCUUCAGGAGGACUCUUAAUUACCAGCAGCAGCAGGAGAAUCAAGCUCAGAACUUGGUCGCUAAGUGA